AUGGAAGUCACAUUGUAUAACCUUAAAUCUGAAUCUGGGUUGAAGAAACUUGAUGAGUACCUUUUAACACGCAGUUACAUCACUGGGUACCAAGCAUCAAAGGAUGAUAUCACUGUCUAUUCAUCUUUGGCAUCAGUUCCAUCGGAGGAAUAUGGAAAUGUUGCUAGGUGGUACAAGCACAUUGAUGCUUUGUUGAGAAUUUUUGGUGUUUCUGGCGAGGGAUCUGGUGUCAUUGUGGAAUCUUCUCUUGUGGCGGAAGAGGCUAUUUCCACUCCUCCAGUUGCCGACACAAAGGCCACUGAAGCUGAGGAUGAUGAUGACAGUGAUGUGGUUUUGUUUGGUGAAAAAAACCGAGGCAGAGAAGGUGCAACAGAAACCCUAGACAAGAUGUCGGCAUGA